UUGCAUCUGACCAGAAACCAGAGAGAGAGAGAGAGAGGAGAUUCAUUACCAAAGAGAGAGAGAGGAGAGAGAGAGUUUGCGGAGGAGCUUCUUCGUAGGGUUCAUCGUUAUUAACGUUAAAUCUUCUUCCCCCCUACGUCAGCUUAAGAAACAUGGGUGCAGGUGGAAGAAUGCAGGUUUCUCCUUCUCCCAAGAAGUCUGAAACCGAUACCUUCAAGCGUGUUCCCUGCGAGAGACCGCCCUUCACUGUCGGAGAACUCAAAAAAGCAAUCCCACCGCACUGUUUCAAACGCUCAAUCCCUCGCUCUUUCUCCUACCUCAUCUGGGACAUCAUCGUAGCCUCCUGCUUCUACUACAUCGCCACCACUUACUUCUCCCUCCUCCCUAACAAUCUCUCAUACCUUGCUUGGCCUCUCUACUGGGUCUGCCAAGGCUGUGUCCUAACCGGAAUCUGGGUCAUCGCCCACGAAUGCGGCCACCACGCCUUCAGCGACUACCAAUGGCUAGACGACACCGUCGGUCUCAUCUUCCAUUCCUUCCUCCUCGUCCCUUACUUCUCCUGGAAGUACAGCCAUCGCCGUCACCAUUCCAACACCGGUUCCCUUGAGAGAGACGAAGUGUUUGUCCCCAAGAAGAAGUCUGACAUCAAGUGGUGGGGUAAGUACCUCAACAACCCUCUCGGACGCACAGUCAUGUUAACAGUUCAGUUCACUCUCGGCUGGCCGUUGUACUUAGCCUUCAACGUCUCGGGGAGACCUUACGACGGUUUCGCUUGCCAUUUCCACCCUAACGCUCCCAUCUACAACGACCGUGAGCGUCUCCAGAUAUACAUCUCCGACGCUGGUAUCCUCGCAGUCUGCUACGGUCUCUACCGUUACGCAGCUGCGCAAGGAGUGGCUUCGAUGAUCUGCGUGUACGGAGUCCCGCUUCUGAUUGUCAACGGGUUUCUAGUUUUGAUCACUUACUUGCAGCACACGCAUCCUUCGUUGCCUCACUACGACUCCUCUGAGUGGGAUUGGUUGAGAGGAGCUUUGGCUACCGUUGACAGAGACUAUGGGAUCUUGAACAAGGUCUUCCAUAAUAUCACGGACACGCACGUGGCGCAUCAUCUCUUCUCCACGAUGCCGCAUUAUCACGCGAUGGAAGCUACUAAGGCGAUAAAACCGAUUUUGGGAGAUUAUUACCAGUUCGAUGGAACGCCAUGGUUUAAGGCUAUGUGGAGGGAGGCGAAGGAGUGUAUCUAUGUGGAACAGGACAGGCAAGGUGAUAAGAAAGGUGUGUUCUGGUACAAUAAUAAGUUAUGAGGAUGAUUUGGUGACAGAAGAACAAAGAAGAUAUUGUCACGAUCUUUAUUUUGUUGUCUCUGGUCGUCUUUGUUUUAAGAAGUUAUGUUUUUUUGUUUCAAUAAUCUUAAAUUGUCCAUUUUGUUGUGUUUUCUGACAUUUUGGCUAAAAAUUUAUGUUAUAUGGGAAGUUAGUGUCUAAAUUGUCUUGUGUCUGUAUUGGUCUUCUCAUUGCUGUUAUGUUUGGGAUUAUAUAGUAGUAAUGUGACAUUUUGGACAACUAGACUCUUGUUCUCGAACUAUAUCAUUGUGGCUUCCU